GUCAUGGGUCUCCUGAGGACGAGCUCGGGUGCUGGCCAAGCGCUCCGAGGGCUGCAAGGUUCGCGGGUGCGGGGUUCCGGCCUCUUUGUCUUCUCUCCCUCCGGCCAGGUCACUCUCGAAAGCCGUCGUGAGCCCCUCCAGAGGCCUCCGACCGGGCUAAGCGCCCUGAGAGCACCCUCCGACCCACUCCUGGGAUAUUCUCCCUCUCGGGCUGUCGCUCAACCCACUCGCAUUUCUGACCGCGGGCUAGCCUCACCCGCUCGGGGUAGGGCUCCAGCCCGGGUUCUCCAGCCUCCCAGUCCAGCUCCCAAACCGGAAGUCCGAGCGGCCCACCCGGGGGCUGGAGGCGCAUGCGCAAGAGAACCUCCCGCGACUCCUGCGGAGCACCCGCUGGAGCCAACGAGUGGGCCCAGCCGAGCGCGGCUCACUUCCGGGACGCGGCGCGCCGACCCCUUCCCGGCUUCCCGUCAGCUCUCCUCAGCAGUAGUCUCGGCGGGUACAGUCAGGAGGAACUGCCCGUCCCGGGAUCCUGUGCGCGUGUAGAGGAGGGAGCGCUCGCCUCUUUGGUCGCCUGGUGAGGCUCUGGAGGAGGGUGCGACGGAUAUAGGGACUCGAGGUCCGCCGCGGGAAUGAUCCACGAACUGCUCUUGGCUCUGAGCGGGUAUCCAGGGUCCAUUUUCACCUGGAACAAGCGGAGUGGCCUGCAGGUGUCACAGGACUUCCCAUUUCUCCAUCCCAGUGAAACCAGUGUCCUGAAUCGACUCUGCCGGCUGGGCACAGACUACAUUCGUUUCAUCGAGUUCACUGAACAGUACACGGGCCAUGUGCAGCAGCAGGAUCACCAUCCAUCUCAGCAGGGCCAAGGUGGGUCACAUGGAAUCUACCUAAGGGCCUUCUGCACGGGGCUGGAUUCAGUUUUGCAGCCUUAUCGCCAAGCACUGCUUGAUUUGGAACAAGAGUUCCUGGCUGACCCCCAUCUCUCCAUAUCACAUGUCAAUUACUCCUUAGAUCAGUUCCAGCUCCUUUUCCCCUCUGUGAUGGUUGUAGUAGAACAAAUUAAAAGUCAAAAGAUUCAUGGUUGUCAAAUCCUGGAAACAGUGUACAAACACAGCUGUGGAGGUUUGCCUCCUGUUCGCAGUGCACUAGAAAAAAUCCUGGCCGUGUGUCACGGGGUCAUGUACAAGCAGCUCUCAGCCUGGAUGCUACAUGGACUCCUCUUGGACCAGCACGAAGAGUUCUUUAUCAAACAGGGUCCAUCUUCUGGUAAUGUCAGUGCCCAGCCAGAAGAGGAUGAGGAGGAUCUGGGCAUUGGGGGACUGACAGGAAAACAACUGAGAGAACUCCAGGACUUGCGCCUGAUAGAAGAAGAGAACAUGCUGGCACCAUCUCUAAAGCAGUUUUCUCUGCGAGUGGAGAUUCUGCCAUCCUACAUUCCAGUGAGGGUUGCUGAAAAAAUCCUGUUUGUUGGAGAAUCUGUCCAGAUGUUCGAGAAUCAAAAUGUAAACCUGACUAGGAAAGGAUCCAUUUUGAAAAACCAGGAGGACACUUUUGCUGCAGAGCUGCAUCGUCUCAAGCAGCAACCCCUCUUCAGCCUGGUGGACUUUGAGCAGGUGGUGGAUCGUAUACGUAGUACUGUGGCUGAGCAUCUCUGGAAGCUGAUGGUGGAAGAGUCAGAUUUACUGGGUCAGCUGAAGAUCAUUAAAGACUUUUACCUUCUGGGACGUGGAGAACUGUUUCAGGCCUUCAUUGAUACAGCUCAACACAUGUUAAAAACACCACCCACUGCAGUAACUGAACAUGAUGUGAAUGUGGCCUUCCAACAGUCAGCACACAAGGUGCUGCUAGAUGAUGACAACCUCCUCCCUCUGUUGCACUUAACAAUCGAGUAUCAUGGAAAGGAGCAUAAAGAUGCUACUCAGGCAAGAGAAGGGCCUUCUCGGGAAACUUCUCCCCGGGAAGCCCCCGCAUCCGGCUGGGCAGCCCUAGGCCUUUCCUAUAAAGUGCAGUGGCCACUACACAUUCUCUUCACACCUGCUGUCCUGGAAAAGUACAAUGUUGUUUUCAAGUACUUGCUGAGUGUGCGCCGGGUACAAGCUGAGCUGCAGCACUGCUGGGCCCUACAGAUGCAGCGCAAGCACCUCAAGUCCAACCAGACCGACGCAGUCAAGUGGCGCCUAAGAAAUCACAUGGCCUUCUUGGUGGAUAAUCUUCAGUACUACCUCCAGGUUGACGUGCUGGAAUCUCAGUUCUCACAGCUGCUUCAUCAAAUCAAUUCUACCCGAGACUUUGAAAGCAUCCGAUUGGCUCACGACCACUUCCUGAGCAAUUUGCUGGCCCAGUCCUUUAUCUUGUUGAAACCUGUGUUUCACUGCCUGAAUGAAAUCUUAGAUCUCUGCCACAGCUUUUGCUCGCUGGUCAGUCAGAACCUGGGCCCACUGGAUGAACGUGGGGCCGCCCAGCUGAGCAUCCUGGUGAAGGGUUUUAGCCGCCAGUCUUCACUCCUAUUCAAGAUUCUCUCCAGUGUUCGCAAUCAUCAGAUCAACUCGGAUUUGGCUCAACUACUGUUACGACUAGAUUAUAACAAAUAUUACACCCAGGCUGGUGGCACUCUGGGCAGUUUCGGGAUGUGAGAAUUUCUGGUCCACAAACUAAGUAAGUCAAUCCCCUGCGUUGUAACAGAAGAUUCAAAACAAACAUCCCAUUCUCUGGCCAGACACUGUAUGUAUGUCUGCAGCUACUGGAAAAGCUCUACCUUUUCUCCUAGAAGCAGUUAUUGAACAUCCAUGGAUACAAAUCCUCCCCCCUCCUUCCCAUGUGGAAGGGGCACCUGCCCCACCUUAGGGGAGUUCUUAACUCAUCCACCAAGGAGGACUUGUGGCGUCAGCCCUCCCUCUGCUGACCAUGCAGGAUCUGUUACAUUGAGAACAUUCGUCGGAUAUGUUCAUUUACUGAGCACUUAUGUGCCUAGGUACUGUUCAAACUGGGAGAGACACAGCAGUAAGCUAUACAGAUCAGAACGUUAAAUGGCUCAUGUGAAAAAGGAAUUACAUUUAUUAAUAAGUCAAAUUCUGGAUGUUACCACUGAGCAAGAAAGGCACCAGGUAAGACAGGCUUCCCCACACCCCACAGACCUCCUUUCCUCUUUCAGAAAUUAAAACUGAGCGUCUCCUAUCCUUAAGGAUCUUUAAAACUGUGAAUCUGAAGAAUUUUACCAGUAACUUCCAAUUAUUUCAGAUUGGUAAGAGGGUAAUAAUUCUGGCUAUUGACAAUGUAUUCAAAGUAUUUUUUAACAAAGAAAAAAGGUCCUUAAGAAAAAAAGUUGUUAGAUUUCGAAUACUGAAAGAUGCAGGUCUAAUUAUCCCAUCUUAGAAGGACCACAGGAGUAAUCUGGCCCAACCAUCACUGAUAACCAUCAAUCUCAUAUCAGUGUGAACCAAAAUAUUCAUUGAAUUACCCCCUCCAAACUGAAAAAGAAUGCAGCAUUCUGGCCUCGUGUGUAGCCACUCAAUCUGGUCCUCAUCUCUACAUCUUCCACCACAUACUAUACACCCUUAUUCCCUGUAAUUGCCAGCUAAAGAUGACCCCUUCCACUGCUUCCUCUGGAGCAGAGGUUAGCAAACUAUGGCCAGCCACCUGUUUUUGUAAAUAAAGUUUUAUUGGGACACAGUCACACUCAUUUGCUUA